UAUUUUGCUAUCAAGAAGAGGCAGGGAGCAGAGCCCAGGAAAAGCCAGGACAAGCACAGAAUUCCUCUCAGCAGGACACGCUGAGAACGGGAGAGCUUGGGCGUCCAGAAGUUUUAUCCUCAGGGAAUGAAAUGCCCAAGGCCGAGCAGCUGAGCGGACGAUGGCUUCUAUCGCCGAGCGCACCUUCAUCGCCAUCAAGCCUGACGGAGUCCAGCGGGGACUGGUGGGAGAAAUCAUCAAGCGGUUUGAGCAGAAAGGAUUCAAACUGGUGGCCAUGAAGUUAAUUCACGCCUCCGAAGACCUUCUGAGAGAACACUACAUUGACCUGAAAGACCGGCCGUUCUAUGAUGGGCUGGUGCAGUACAUGCACUCUGGACCUGUUGUAGCUAUGGUGUGGGAAGGUCUCAAUGUGGUUAAGACUGGAAGGGUGAUGCUGGGGGAAACUAAUCCAUUUGAUUCAAAGCCUGGCACUAUUCGUGGUGACCUCUGCGUUCAGAUUGGAAGGAACAUCAUUCAUGGAAGUGAUUCUGUAGAAAGUGCUGAGACAGAGGUCAAUUUGUGGUUCACUCCUGAAGAGCUGGUCGAUUACAGAAGCUGUGCUCAUGAGUGGAUCUAUGACUGAAACUGAGCCUAUACCUUCUGGUAUCCUUACUGUCUGUAAACAGCCGCUAGCCUCUAGCUGUUUCAAAGCCCUUCAUAGAAACUGGUAGAAACCUGUCUCAGAAAUCUGUGAGAUUGUUCUGUCGUAAAUAGUAAAUAUAGCGAGCGUUUGCUGCUCCUUUGGUUGAAAAGAUGUCAAGUUAGAGACAGAACUGUACUUUUAGAAAGCUGCUUCUGGGAGUGAGAGAUGUGAGAUUAAAACAGAGAGGAUACAAGGCAUAUAUUUUCCUGAAACGUUCCAUAGUCCAAGAGGGUACUUUAGUAAAUAGAAUAAAAUUUAGUAAGAAUUGAUUUGGUAAAUAAAUACGCAAAUGGCUCAGUGUCAAUUAACUUUGUUAAAAUGUUAGGGGACAAUUGGUGGUACACAAAAAUAUUGAUAGUAUGCCCAAAUAUUGAGGAUUGAACUUUAUGUCAAGUGAAUCCCCACACCCAGUAUGGCUGCAGAAAAAAGCUUAUUCCUGUCUCCAGAAUGCGCCGUGCCUGCACCCAGAGCACAGCCUUGAUUAAAAUAACGAGAACUUGCCUCUAGAUUGACACUGUUUCAGCUUGCUUCCCCCCCCACCCCCUCGCCCUGGAUUUAUUUAGCUUUUUAAGGAAGGAUUAAUAGGACAGACUUUCUGAAAUGUCGUUUUAUGUGAAAAGAAGAUUAAUGUGAGGAUGGAUAACAGAGAUCUACCUUCAGCCACUUCACUGCAGCAGUUGCACAGAGCAACAUCAGAGUGGAGUUUGCUUUACCAACUGCAGCUGAUAAUUUCACGAUGCUGUCAUUUGUGUUCCUUCCUCAAUAGCUGGCACUACAAAGCAAGCUGUUUGGGAUAAGGUAUUUCAGAAGUGACUGUAGCAUCAUUUUUAUAUAUUUAUUUAAUCACGUAAAGGCAUACGGUCAUAAUAAUGCUAAAUGUAUUUCAGCAGAGCUGCCUGCCUCUAUCAGGGAAAAUGAUCAGCCUCUUGCACAAGCUUUAUCUACAAAUACUCGCCAGCUGUACUGGAUGAGGAACAAGAAAUGUGUUGGGGUCACUAUUAUGUAUUUAUUUACCUGCGACAUUGUAUUCAUUAAAAGCAAAAGUUUCAUGAA